AUGUCGAAGCGAGGAGCGGCCGUUGCCGACCAGGUCGUGAAGCUCAUCGUGGGCGCCGGCCAGGCGAGUCCCAGUCCGCCAGUCGGUCCCGCGCUGGGUAGCAAGGGUGUGAAGUCGAUGGACUUUUGCAAGGAGUUCAAUGCAAGGACACAAAACAUCAUCGUCGGCACGCCGAUGCCCUGCCGAGUCACGGUGCGCGGCGACCGAUCAUUCCACUUCGACAUCCGCACGCCGCACACAUCAUGGCUUCUCCUCAACGCGGCGGAGGCGCCUACCGGCAAGAAGGGAAAGAGGAAGGGCGCAGCGAGCCCCGGGAAAGAGACGGUCGGCACCGUCAGCUUGAAGCACGUCUACGAGAUCGCCAAAAUCAAGCAGUCCGAGACGCGGCUGUCCGGCCUCAGCCUUGAGGCCCUCUGCCGGUCCAUUAUCUUCCAAGCCAAGUCGAUUGGCGUCGCCGUCGUACCAUGA